AUGUCCGUCUUCGCCGACCUCGUGUCCAGUCUCCAGGACCGUUUUUUCGAUGAUCCCUCGGUGAUAGGGGUGCCCGCGCGAUACGCUGUCAUGUCUGACAGCGCCCAUCCUGGAGGCGCUGGCUUGCCGGAUGAGAAUCAAGGGCCUCGAAUACUUGCGGCCACAACGGUUACGACCGUAUUCGCAUUGCUCACAGUGAUGGCACGAAUGUACGUUCGAUUGUUUAUCAUUCGGAAUGUUGGCCUAGAUGAUUAUACCAUGAUAUUAACCAUGAUGCUCUCUCUCGCUGGAUGGGCUAUUAUAAUACCUGAAGUUAUCUAUGGUGCAGGGCGACAUACAGCAUAUGUCAAGGACACGGCCACCACUGCAAUGCAUUUGAACUUCGCCACUCAGGGCAUCUACAUGUGGGCGAUCGGCCUCGUCAAGAUCUCCAUUGGGCUGUUCCUCUUGCGCUUUGCCCCGCGAAAGGGCUAUAAGAUCUUCAUAUGGGUUAUAAUUGUGCUCAUGCUCCUCUAUACAACGAUUUGCUUCUUGACCCUCAUUUUCCAAUGUAAAGAUAUCCGGAGUAUCUGGGACAUGUCGGUAAAGUCGAAAUGUUUUACCCCAACGCAAUUGCUGGAGUUGAGCUAUACCAAUACUGCGCUGAAUAUUUUGACGGAUCUGAUCUUCGCUAUCCUCCCGGCCUUUAUGUUAAGACACCUUCAGGUGAAUCGCCGGGUCAAAGCCUCGCUGGUUUGUAUUCUGGGUCUGGGGAUCUUUGCCUGCGCCGCCGCAUUUGUCAAACUCUCAGUCCUCCCCAACUACGGCCGCACGGGCGAUUUCCUCUGGGACUAUUCCACACUCACAAUUUGGGUCGUGUACCGUCGAAUCCAACAUGGGUAUCAUCGCUGGCAGUCUCCCAACCUUAAAACCCCUCUUCAAGCAAGUCCUCGGCAGCUAUGGCUCCCACUCCAGACCCGCCCCUACAACACCUACGGCAGCAAACAAUACCGACUCCGCUCCCUCUCCCGCUCCCGCCAAGGUCAAUCUCAAACCCUCCACAGCGCGCCCCAAAGCCGCAUCGAAGUCGAGGCAGAUCAGAAGCUCCCAUCCUCCCGACACUUCGCGACAACAACCACAACCACAACCACCACCUACCCCGGAAACGAUGGCAGCAACUCCAGCGAAGAGUAUAUCCUAUCGCCCACCGGCCCGGAGGGUAUCAUGUGCACCACGGAGGUAAUGGUAUCGCAUGCUGCGGAAGCGCGAAAUCCCGCACGGGGGAAGAAGUCGGCACAUUUUGGUGGCGAUGAUGUGGUUUAG